UGCCUGCCAAGUGCCUGUUGGUAGGAAGAAGCUUGGCGUCGGGUCUGAGGGGGCUUGGUAGUCGCUGUGACUGUGACUUGAAGCAAUCGCCGGGUAUAGUUCGUGGGAAAGAAGGCACCAUGGACGACCAGGGCUGUCCUCGGUGUAAGACCACCAAAUACCGGAACCCCUCGUUGAAGCUGAUGGUGAACGUGUGCGGUCACACUCUGUGUGAAAGUUGUGUGGAAUUACUGUUUGUGAGAGGAGCUGGAAAUUGUCCUGAGUGUGGCACUCCUCUCAGAAAAAGCAACUUCAGGGUACAGCUCUUUGAAGAUCCCACUGUUGAUAAGGAGGUUGAGAUUCGGAAAAAAGUGCUGAAGAUAUAUAAUAAAAGAGAAGAAGACUUUCCUAGUCUAAGAGAAUACAAUGAUUUCUUGGAAGAAGUGGAAGAAAUAGUUUUCAACUUGACCAACAAUGUGGAUUUGGAUAACACCAAAAAGAAAAUGGAGAUAUACCAAAAGGAAAACAAAGAUGUCAUUCAGAAAAAUAAGCUAAAGCUGACUCGGGAACAAGAGGAAUUGGAAGAAGCUUUAGAGGUAGAACGACAAGAAAAUGAACAAAGAAGAUUGUAUAUACAAAAAGAAGAACAGCUGCAGCAGAUUCUAAAAAGGAAGAAUAAGCAGGCUUUUUUAGAUGAAUUGGAGAGUUCUGAUCUCCCAGUUGCUCUGCUUUUGGCUCAACACAAAGAUAGAUCUGCCCAAUUGGAAUUGCAACUAGAGAAGCCUAAACCUGUAAAACCAGUGACAUUUUCUACAGGCAUCAAAAUGGGUCAACAUAUUUCAUCAGCUCCUAUUCAAAAACUUGAAGAAGCUUUAUAUGAAUACCAGCCAUUGCAAAUAGAAUCAUGUGGCCCACAAGUUCCUGAACUUGAACUGCUAGGAAGACUUGGGUAUUUAAACCAUGUCAGAGCUGCCUCUCCACAAGACCUUGCUGGAGGCUAUACUUCUUCUCUUGCUUGUCACAGAGCACUACAGGAUGCAUUCAGUGGGCUUUUCUGGCAGCCCAGUUAACCUUUAUUUCUCCUUUAUGAGCUUUGGACCUUGGAGCCGAACCAGGGAGUGAGCAAAAAUAAAGCAGACUUGUAAAAUUAUAGCCACAUGCAGCUGCAUAACAAUAGCACUACCACUAGCAGCUGUGUUAAGAUAUUUAUAAAGUGAAAAUUUCAGAACUAAGUUGAAUAAUAUAGUGGAUAAAUAUUUGUGGAAAAGAUUUAUUUUUUACCUUUAUUUUUGUGAGGGGGCUGAAGCUGUAAACUUCAUAUAAUGGUAGAUAUGAAUAAUUUACCUAUGUAUAUUUAAGGUUGACAGACUUGUUAAAAAUCUUCUUAAUAAUAAAGAUAGACUUUACAUUAA